AUGAGUACUUCAGGGAAAGUGCCAGAUGUGGCUGCUGAAGUCAGGAUUGCUUCACCAACAGCCGAAGCAGAGUCACCCAGCACUUCUUUAUCAGCUCGUUUGCAGGAAGAGUACUCUGAACUUCUGAGGUAUGCUGUCGGAGGAUCAGGUCAAGGAUUUCAGCCAAUCAGGUCAGGAGGUUCAAGUGCCCGUCAAACACCAGUUGACCAACAGCAGGAUUUGGAUGUACAAAUGAAAGCUCAAGGAAAUGGUGGAUCAGGAAAUACCAAUACAAACUCACUGUAUGUUAACCAGCCGCCACGAUACAGGAGUGCAGCAAGUACUAAACUGGCAGACGCAAAUAUAAAUAAUGAUGUACAAUUAAAUACAAUGAUGUCAUCAGCUUAUGCUACAAUUUUUGAACCACCCUUGGCAUGCAUGAGCGGGAAAUUGGAUUCCUGGUUGGGGAAGUUGAAGCGGGAUAUAUUGGCUGAGUUUAAGCUUCUGGCAGUUCAAAUUCUGGAAAGUCAAAAGAAUGCACACCAAGAGGAAAUAAAAGAGAUCAGUUGUGAAAGACAACAGCUGGAAAAAGAAGUUAAUCGGCUAAAUGAAAUGGUCAACACAUGUGAACAAAGUAUGUCCAGGAAAGAUGUAGUGAUUGAGAAUCUGACACAAGCACUUGGGAAGCAAAGAGAUAAAGUCUCAAUGGCGCAGGCUUUCUAUCUUACAAGGGCUGAACAUGCAGAAGCAAAAAGAGAGAGAUUUACAGAGUGUUUAGCUGCACAGCACAAUCGGCGCCGACUGACACAGAAAGUAAUGCGGGCGUGGUUUGCUCUGAUACAGAAGAACUGGAAAAACAGGAUUCAGAAAAUGUGUGAUAAGCAAGCUCAAGAUGUUUGCAGACAGCUCAGUAUAGACUACGAGGACAAAAUAAAAGCAUUAAACGAUGAAAUCGAAAAUAUGAACAGGAAAUUGAAGAUCAUGCAAAAUGAAAAGGAACAAUAUGCCAUGCAAGUCAAGAAAGCAUUUAUGCGUGGUGUAUGUGCUCUGAACAUGGAGACUAUGUCAGCAUUCUCACAUGAGGACACACAGAUCAGUCCAACCAGUGUCUGUAGAAUAUCACUUGCACACAGAUCAGUCCAAUCAGUGACAAGUUGUAGAUUAUCACUUAUACACAGAUCAGUCCAGUCAGUGAUAAGUUGUAGAUUAUCACUUAUACACAGAUCAGUCCAGUCAGUGACAAGUUGUAGAUUAUCACUUAUACACAGAUCAGUCUGUAGAAUAUCACUUGCACACAGAUCAGUCCAGUCAGUGACAAGUUGUAGAUUAUCACUUAUACACAGAUCAAUCCAGUCAAGCAUAUCCAAGCCACAGAAAGGAAAGACACGACCAUCUACUGCUCCAAGUGCCUCUUCCUUCCAGGUGAAAGCCUGGGGAACCAGCCAGCCACUGGCGCCACCUAUGGCGUCUGUUGUUGUAGAAAGACAUGACCCUGUCACAAAGCAGACUGUUGGCAAGGCUACAGCCAGUCGUUAUCCCAAACACAGCACAUGCAAGGGUUCCAGUAGCCACACCAAGCAGAAGCAUGUAUCAAAGUCACUCCCAGGUUCUCAGAUGUUCCACACAUUCCAACCCCUGGCAGGACAAACAUCCAGCUUGAUGACACCACCUGGCAUCAAAGUUGUUGAAUAA